GGCCGGCACUGGUGUCAGUGAAGUGUUUACAUCCCCUUGAAUGACGGUGAUUCUAACCCGAGAUAUACCGUUUAAAUGUCUGCAAAACCUAUUCAAACGUCAGAUCUCAUUUUUCCUAUCCUCUCAACCGACUUCUCGUCAACACUCUCAUCUCUGAAGCGCUCGACACUCUCAAUCUCGAACCGUUUGCGAUCUAUUGCGUCUGAUGCCGAUUUUGUCUGCUCCGUGGCCGACGCUUACGGCCUGCCACUAGUCGCCAACGAACGCUGCGGUAGCUGGUAUAUUCCGUUGGAGCGCAAGUCCGCUAGCGCUUAUUUCAAGAGCACCGAUGGUCAUACCGGAGAAUGGUCCUUCAGCCUUCGCAGGCUGAACACUCAGGUGCUUGAAGCCAUCGGGAAAACAGAUGGAUGCGUGAUUGUAGACUCUACAAGGCGGGGCAAGAGGAUGCCUGACGCUCUCUCGAAGACGGUACCGAUAUGGUGUGCAGUUUGGAACAGGUUGCUCUUCCCGGAUGUUACAGCUGCUCAGGAGUUACAUACGCCUCCGCAGUCCGUUUCCAGAUCAGAACACUCACAAAUUGAAUACCGGCUGGACAACUUCGUGAAACAAGCCCGGCAGGAUCUCAAUCUGGAUCUGCCAGAGCUCCGAUCACGUAUCUCCAAGCCUUUGCGUCCGCUGUGGGUCACCCAAGAAUCAGGGCUCCCUGAAGACCAACCGUCCUUCCCUGAUUUUCACCCAGUGGUUCUUUGUACCUCUUCACGCCGUGUGCCCGGAGGCGAAGCGUCCGAAGGCGGUUAUAUCCAAGGCGCCGGUGACGACAGUGAGGGUUGGGCACGAGGUUUGACAGCACCAUCAUUCUGGGAAAACAAGUCCAGGCUCCUAGAAACACAGGAAGGAGACCUGCCCGAACUGAUUGCAGAACUGCUUGCUUCUUCGGGGAGCAAAUCGAACACGGCAAACACGGUCUUGAUCAAGCCCACGGACUGGCUUUUUGUAUGUCCGCUGGAGACACUGCAUGGCGUUGCAGUGGACGAGUACGAUACUGUGAUCAGCUGUGCCGAUAAGCCUGACGGAAGGCUUCUGGAGGUUAAGAAGAGCAAAUACCUGCAUCUCAACUGCGGCACUGGAAAACUUGGGAGCCGGGACCUUCGGAGCGAACUGGUCAAAAUCGAGACGUUCGUGCAAACACUCCCGCCUAGUUCAACCUUGGCCGUCGGUUGCCAGACUGGCAAAGAUAUAUCAAUCGGUGUGGUGCUGGCUAUUCUUUGCCUUUACGUCAACGAUUCUGGUAAAUUUACUUCCCCAAAAGGGUCGAUAGACAAGAACUUCAUCCGCCAGCGGCUCAGUUGGAUCAUGACAUCCUUCCCCGCCGCGAGUCCUUCUCGUGCGACGUUGCAGUCCGUCAACGCAUUCCUCUUCUCACCACGCACCCACGCACCAUCACUAGCACCAAAACCGAACAUACCAGCCCCCGCAGCGACGGACACUUCGUCCGCCUUGGCAAAUCCGCACGAUACCACGAAGCCAAAGCCCCCAAGCAAACCUCAAGACCAAUCGCCCAUGACGCUCGAAAGCAUCUUCAACUCCCUCAGCACAAGCCCCCCAAGCACUCCCUGGAAACUCACCCGCAAACUGACCUCCGCGCUCCCCACCAUGCCCUCCGGCACCUUCAACGGCCACGCGACAUUCACUCCCCGCGCAGCGACCGCAACACCCUUCACGGCCGAGUAUCUCUACAGCGAAGAAGGGACGUUGCAGACAGACACCGGGCUGGUCAUGAUCGCGCAGCGAAAAUAUAUCUGGCGGUACCGGCGCGCGGCUGCGGGCAACGCCGAUGACGACGGUAGCAGCGUUGCGCGCGAGGGCAUCAGCGUGUGGUUUGCGGGCGAGGACGGGGAAAGCGCAAACGGGUUGUUCGUGGAGAUGGAGUUUGCUGGGGAUGGGGAAGCGGGUGGUAAGGAGAAGACUAUGUGUGCUAAGGGACAUCAUUGGUGCGAGCCGGAUGAUUAUAAGGCUAGGUUUGAGUUUCGAGAAGACGGGUUUAAGGUCGUGUAUGUGGUGAGGGGGCCGAAGAAGGAUUAUGUGAGCUCUACUGAAUAUAGUAGGACUUGA